AUGCCAAAACGAAGCUACGGCGCUGUGCAACAGGGCGCGGCCAAGAACCGACUCAGGGCAUAUGCAGCCUGUACCGAAUGCCGGCGGCGCAAGCGGAAGUGUGACGGCAAAGAUCCGUGCUCAUCAUGUCACGGAUACGGUUAUACCUGCGUUUAUCACGUCGCUUCCGGUUCCGCGCCUUCUGUGGACGACGCAAAUGGCAGCAUUGAAGGCAGCAGCAACAGCAACCUCACUCACACAAGCCUUGGCCGCUCCAUUGUCCAUGAUUCCGUUCCGCCUCCAUACCCAUCACGCCCACCACCGUCUAAGCUGCCGCCGACGCAGGAGCCUCGCUCAACAGAAGUCCUUGUCAGCAAGCAAAAGGGUCGAUACAUCAACGCCCAUAGCGCCGUUGCUCUACCUCAUCUUGUCGGCUCUUGUCUCGGUGCCGAGGUGCCACCACGCCUUCACUCCUUUGCGUGGAAUCUGGGCACUCGACCAGAGCGAAAAUGGGCCAUACCUACCGCCCUGUCAAGCUUCAUGACUUUGGCCGAUUGCCAGCGCCUGUCUUCGGUCUAUUUCAAUGCCGUUCAUCCCAUGUUCCCCUUCCUGGCCGAGGAAACGUUUUCCCAGAGACUAUCCAGUCUUUGGGACUCGCUAGAGUCCCGACCAAACUUUGCCGCCGUCGUCGCAGCUGUGGCCGCGCUCGGGUCCUUCUUUGCAGAUCCUAGUCACCCCAAGGAAGAAGCCUUGGUAGACUACGCAUUCUCCAUUUUGGAUAUGGGACUAUCCACACCCAUAUCCUUGGUAGAUAUGGACUCUGUUGCAGGAUGGAUACUGCGAACCCUCUAUAUUCGCCUCACCACCCGACCUGCCGUCGCCUGUCUUGCUAGUCAGACGGCCAUGCAUGCUGCUGAGAUUCUGAGCCUGCAUCGCGACAUUUCCGAAAGACAUGCAACCACCCCCUCUUCUCGCGAGGCUCUAUCCAGCAAAGACGAGCUCGAAAGCCGUCGACGCCAUUACUGGGUGGCAUGGUGCUUAAAUUGUCUUCUCAGUGUCGAGUACGGACUUGGCUCGGUGAAGCUCUCGCUGGCUACGUGCUCACCCCCCUCAUCUAGCCCCGGUGUGUAUAUUGAGCACCUCGUGUCCAUCGCGCGGGUCUUAGACUCGGUCGAGGCAGAAGUGGAAAACUGUCUGGAUACGCAAGCCAUGGCCGACCGCUUCCUGCAACUUCAGAGCAUAGCCAGCGAGUCUGCCUUGGUCUGCAUCUUCAAAGCAGAGGUCUGUGUUGGCAUUUUGAGGCGGUACGUAUCUGCAGCUCUUCGCCCCAACAAAACAAUUACCAAGGCUUCCAUUGCUAUACUGGAGAAGGCCCUGGACAGCAUCGAUGGACUAUUAUCUGCGCACCAAUUUUGGUGGAACUUGCUGAGUGUUCCGUUUCAGACUGUUUGCAUCAUCUUGCAAUUCGAUACAGACAGCUAUUUGUCCUUGCUACCGACGGCUAUGGGGGUUCUGCGCAAUCUUUCGCAGAAGCUAGACACGCAUCUUACAAAAGAAGCCCUGUGCACCGCUCAGCAGUUAGUUGCCCUGUCCAGAGACAAUACCCAAGCCAAAGCAAAACUGAAGACAGAUGCGUUGGGGGACUGUCCAUACAACACUGGUAUAAAUUGGCCGUCGAUGGAUGAGGCAUUUGACUUUGAGAAUUGGCCAUUGGGUCUGGACUUUCUCUAUAAUAGUCAAUGA